GGGCGCGCGGGGGCUGCGGCGGUUUGCGGAGUGGGGCCGAAUCGAGCGGGGCCCUGCGUCCGAUACUUCUUUGCGCUCUCCCGGGAUGGCUACGGGACCCGGUCCCUGGCAUCCCCAUGUCCCCGUCCAGCGAUCCUGGAGUGAUCGCUUAACCUCCUCAGGACAAGGCUGUGCCCCCAAGACGCCCGGGGCCCAGCCGCAGACCCAGCCCCUAUCCCACACCAUCUCUGCUUACAUCGUCUGCUGACAUUCACCGGCCACCUUUGCCCCUCGCCUGGCGUCUUCCUGUCAGCUGGGGCCCACUGCAGGCUUCCCUUUUGCGGUCCAGGACUCCUUUAUGGUUCCUUAUCACCCCCACCAUGAAGUCCUCAUGCUGCAGCAGAGCCUGAGGGUACAGCUUGAAGCAGGCCCUGCUCCCCUGGGAGCCCUUGCAGUUUUUCGAGUCCUCUCUCGCCGCCCGGGUUUACCUCUCCGGUCACUUAGCUAUUUCUUUUUUUCACGUGUGUGUUCCUACGCAGAGGACAGCGGACAGCUUUGUGGAGUCCUCCCCUACCCUGUAGAUCACCUGAUCCAAUUCGGAUCUUCAAACUUGGUAGCAAGUGCCUUUACUUGCUGAGCCAUCUCAUUCUACAUUCUAGCGAGGGUUGCCACCCUACUAUGACUUGCUGGGUGAGGCUUCCCGAUGCAGACAGUCAUAUGUAGGUCAUCCUAGAGCCCUUACAGUAGCCUGCAUGCUUGUAACACUAGGGUCUGGUUUUAAGUUUGUGAUCACAAUACUUGGGACUUUGUGGCAGUGAGUAAAUAAUCUUGGCUUACAGUACCCAAUGGCUCCCAUCUGUGACAUGAAGUCCCACAUGCUGUCUGCCCUCUCCAUUUAACACUGGCAGACCCUGGGGGCUUAUGUCUUUAAUGUCUUUCUCCUACACCUUCACUUUCUCUGGCUACUCUGCACAUGGUUGUUGAAUGGAAGUGAGUAGUUAUUGGUCCUAGUGGUUCUGCCCCUGUGGACUUUCUUAUGGUAAGGUGGAGAUCUAGUUAACUGUAGAAGUAUUUAGAAUCAUAAAUAUGAGGGCUCCUCACCAUAUGGAGGACUCAGUGUGCUGGUGUAGGUAGGGACAGCCUCAGGAGGUAAACUGAGGCCUCUCCUUUCUUCACUUGUCUACAAAACAUACUGCAGGUUGAGACCCCUGAAGUUGCACACCUGACAAACUGUGGCUAGGGAUGAGGUCUGUGACUAGGAAGGAGGACUCCUUUAAAAGGGAGGUCACUCGAUGGGUGUGUGACCAUCCUGUACAAGGUGUCAAGGUAGCCCGGGUGAAGAGGACUCUGACAUGGGAUGAUAGUGGCUGGGAUGGAUCUAGGCAAGGAGACUAGAGUGCAGUAGCCAUGGAUGGACCAGCUGGCCUAAGGAUCCAUUGGAGUGGCCUGGAGGGGAGUGUGAGGGGCAGCACCCCCUUUCCUGGCCUUAUCUCACCUUAUCCUUUCUCACUGGACUGCAGACCGCCCCAAGCCCUCUGUUACUAAGGGGUAUUACAUGAGGAGACCUUGAUGAUAAAGUUGGUGUCUCUAAACAUUGACCUCGUGGGUAUUUGGGGCAGGGUCAUUCCUUGAUAAUAGCUGUUCCAGGCUACUCUGUGUCCCUGCUAGGUGUGCUCUCAGUUACAGAUGUGGUCUGGUGUCUCCUUGGGCCCCACCUGCUCCAUCCUAGGAGUGCUCUAGGUUACAGAUGUGGACUGGUGUCUCCUGGAGACAGGUUCAGUCGCAUCGUUGAGAAUUGUGGCCUGGGAGCUGGGGACUUCUCGCACUGUCUUUGUCCUUACUCUGGGUGUCAGCUGGUCUCCCAGUGUGCCUCUGGAUUGUUACAGACUGGGGCAUCACUCGACCUAGCUGCUGGCCUCAGGCUCAUGGGCAUCAGAGAUGUGUGUGUGGACGGGCUCACAGCUGCCUAAGUGUCAUAUGUCUCCUUUGCCUGUUAUCCAUGUCCCUCUGUCCCUGUGGGUUUAUAUGCUGUGACCUAAAACCCAGAUGUAUGUGGAUAUCCUGUUAAAAUUGUACUAUGAUGUCUCCUGCCUUCUUCCUAGGCUGUGAGAGAUGGUGGUGGGCUUUUCUGGAAAUGUCUCUGUCUACCCAUUGGCAGCUCUGUGUACAGUGGCAGUGGCUUUGGUGUCACUUGAACACGUUUCAGGAUGUCCUGCAGAAGUGGAACAUUUGGGUUUCUAUUGGAGUCAGGCCCUGUCCCCCACUUCACUUCCCUCCUGCAGUUUGCUGCCUCUCUGAGGCAGGCCUGGGAGGUUGGGUGACCGAACCCUGAGGUUACAGCUGCCUGAGGCCACAGCUGCCCUGACCCUGGGGAGACACCCUGGCCCCAAGCACAGGGACAAACCAUUGUCCCAGCCAGUGGGGCCCUGCGUCUGGCACGCAUCCUGUCCUUGUUCCCGGCCUUUGUGUCUGCUUCCUUCCUCCCUUGGGUUCUGUCUCUCUGUUCCAAGGCCCCACUGCUCACCCCUCCACAUCCUCCUGUGUGGGAGCCUCUGAGCCUUUGGAUCCCUUUGGCUCAAAACCUGGGGCCGCCUUUGUUACCUGUUCUGGAGGAUAACUCCUUCAAGGACUGAGGGAGAAACUGGUGGGGCAUGUAGAAGGGUCUGGACAUAGGCCUGGGGGUGCUGGAAUGGCUGAAGCUGGGGGGCAUACAUAGGAGUUCUGCAACAGAGGCCCAGGAGAGACUGUGGGGGUGUCCCACUGUAUGGCAUGGAGACCUGUGGCUGUGAGGCUCCUGGGGGCUCGCCUUGGACCGCGAUGGGGCCGGGCUGCGGCCUCCUAACGGGACUGAGGUGUGCAGCCCGCGAGCUGCCGCUGCCCGCAUCUCGGAGCACCCCCGCCCCCCCCCUGGCCCGGCGCGGGCCCGGCGCCCGCCAUGAACGGCCUGUCGGUGAGCGAGCUCUGCUGCCUGUUCUGCUGCCCACCCUGCCCGGGCCGCAUCGCGGCCAAGCUCGCCUUCCUGCCUCCCGAGCCCACCUACUCUCUGGUACCUGAACCCGAGCCGGGGCCCGGCGGGGCCGGCGCUGCCCCCUCGGGUCCCCUGCGGACCUCAGCGGCCACCCCCGGGCGCUGGAAGAUCCACCUGACGGAGCGCGCUGACUUCCAGUAUGGCCAGCGCGAGCUGGACACCAUUGAGGUCUUCGUGACCAAGAGCGCGCGCGCCAACCGCAUUGCCUGCAUGUAUGUGCGCUGUGUACCGGGUGCCAGGUACACAGUUCUCUUCUCGCAUGGCAAUGCGGUGGACCUGGGCCAGAUGUGCAGCUUUUAUGUUGGCCUGGGCACACGCAUCGGCUGCAACAUCUUCUCUUACGACUACUCUGGCUAUGGCAUCAGCUCUGGCCGGCCCUCUGAGAAGAACCUCUAUGCUGACAUUGACGCUGCCUGGCAGGCCCUGCGCACCAGGUAUGGCAUCAGCCCAGACAGUAUCAUCCUGUAUGGCCAGAGCAUUGGCACCGUGCCCACAGUGGAUCUGGCGUCACGUUAUGAGUGUGCUGCAGUGGUCCUGCACUCGCCUCUCACCUCCGGCAUGCGGGUGGCCUUCCCUGACACCAAGAAGACCUACUGCUUCGAUGCUUUCCCUAACAUCGAGAAGGUGUCGAAGAUCACGUCACCGGUGCUCAUCAUCCACGGCACAGAAGACGAGGUGAUCGACUUCUCACACGGGCUGGCACUGUAUGAGCGCUGUCCAAAGGCCGUGGAGCCGCUGUGGGUGGAGGGUGCUGGGCACAACGACAUUGAGCUGUAUAGUCAAUACCUGGAGCGCCUACGCCGCUUCAUCUCCCAGGAGCUGCCCAGCCAACGCACCUAACCAAGCCACAGGGACCUCAGCAGUACGCGGGCCUCCUGCCGGGGCUGCAUGUGACCCGGAGCCCAGGACCUGCCUGGCACCCAGGGGCCAUGAACCAUGUGCAGGCGACAGAGGUCCCUCUUCUCUCCUCGGGGAAGCAAAGAGAAGGAAAGAGGGAAACUAAUUAAAGGAUUAAGAUUUUA